AUGUCCGGUAGUGAACAUGGCGGCAACAGCAAUGAGCGGAGGGACGUGAAGAGUCCGGAUCAUGUGUACGGCGUGAGAUCUGCAUCGCCGGCAAAGCGGAGUGCGGCGGAUAUGGAGGACAUCAGAUUAGAUGCGAGUAGGGCACGUGAGCAGACGCAACAACCUGCUCCGGCGAAUGUGGGCUUCGCACCGACGCGGGAUGCGGCAUCGACGGAUUUGGAUGAGCCUAUGGCUGGGAUGACGCCUGCGAUGCAUACGGACACAGAUGAAACGGCUGCGAAUAGCACUGCCCCUACUCAGCUGGGCACUUUGACCACCAAUACCUCUGCUGCGAGCUCGCAUUCUGAUGCUCCUCCGCCUUACGAAGAGAGUAACGCCGUCCGUAAGGACACGCAGUACACUACCGCGGAGAUUGAUGCGCAGGUUGGCAAAGUACGAGAAGCUUGGAGUAAAGGUCCGGAUGUUGGCGAGAAAGGCGUGGUCGUCUCGUGCAGGUGGCUCGGUCGUGUUCUGUCCCGCACCAGUGACGGCCUAAGGAGCAACGACUUUACGAAAGGGAUGCGAGAAGGUCCGAUUGGUCUCAUUGAUAAUUCUGACAUUGUGCCCGAAGGGGCCUUUGAUCCACCGUUCCUUGCUGACCCGGAGGACCCUAAAGGCAACUUCAUACCACUCAAACCUGGGCUGUCAAUGGAUCAGGAUUAUCAAGUACUGCCGGACUCUAGCUGGGGCUACGUGGUCAGCUGCUACGGUAUGGCACCCGGCCAGAAGCAGAUCAACCGUUACGCGAAAAAUACAGCCGGACAAGAUGCGGCCACCACCAACAUUCAAUAUGAGAUGUAUCCGCCUACAAUCACCAUUCGAAAAGUACCACAGCCCACUCAGGAAGAGCAGCAGGCUGCGACACCAGACAAAUCCAAUGCCGAGAAGGCGGCGAGAAGACAACAAAUGCAGCGGCAAGGUCAGCGUUCGGAGAGUGAUGCACCCAAGCUGGUAACCGCACGUUCCAGCAAGAUGCAAGACUUUCUGGUGCGUGCAAAGGAAGCUGCCGGUAUCCCAAGAAACACCCAGGUGAGAGUAUGGCGCCUGCUCAACGCUCAGAAAGUUGCAGUAGAGGCGCCGGAUCAUCACGAAGCGGGCGUACUUUCGCCGCCGCGAUCGCCAGACAUCUCUGCAAGUAAGUCUGCUCGAGACACCAAGAACGUGUUAGUCCUGCCCGAAGCCGAUUUCAAGGCGAUGGAGGUCGGUCGCGACCUUGAGCAUGUCGAUGUCAAGGAUCAAACCAUGAACAACAAGUACAACGGCAAUAGCACUGUCGACAUCUACGGACUGCAUGAAGAUACGGUCUUACUUCUCGAGGAGCAGAUAGGCGGCCCGGCGGGUGGUGAAUUCCAGUCUGAUAACAAGAAGCGUACGAAGUUCUCGUUGCUCAACAGCAAUAGCUCGCGGCCUGGAUCAGCACCCGCUUCCGGUCGCGCAAGCCCUCAGCCCGGUGGCAUGAUCACGAGAGGUCGUGCGCGGCGGGACGGCAGAACUCGAGGAACAGUCGGGCUUAGUAAUCUCGGCAAUACCUGCUACAUGAACUCUGCGCUGCAGUGCAUUCGUAGUGUUGAGGAGUUGGCCAUCUAUUUCCUUGCUGACAGAUACAAGGCCGAGAUCAACUCUAACAACCCACUUGGUCAUGGUGGCGUGAUGGCCAAAAAGUACGCUGGCGUCUUGAAUGGCAUCUACGGCGACAAUUCCAGCAGUACAUUCUCUCCAAGUGACUUCAAGCGGACAUUGGGCUCGCUCCAACCACUGUUCUCCGGCUACGGUCAACAGGACUCUCAGGAAUUCCUAAGCUUUCUGGUGGAUGCGCUCCACGAGGACCUCAAUCGCAUUCAGAAGAAGCCGUACACCGAGAAUCCAGACUCGGAUGACAAGACUGUGCGUGAUCCGCAAGCCAUCAUCGAGCUUGGCGAGGUUUACCGUAAGAACCACCGAGCACGCAAUGAUUCAGUCUGCAUGGAUCUCUUCAGCGGCUUUUACAAGAACACUAUGGAGUGUCCUGUCUGCGAGAAGGUCAGCAUCACGUUUGAUCCGUACUCCCUUGUGACGGUACAACUGCCGAUCGAGAGCUCCUUCCAGCAUACAGUGACCUUUGUGCCGCUCAAUGGUCCUCCAGUCAACCACGCCAUAGAUACGGACAGGAACUCCACUAUCAAGGCCCUGAAGCAGAGCAUCGCAAGCAAGCAUUCUGGCGUUUCCGCUGAUCGUCUGUGGAUGGCUGAAGUUUAUGGUCAGCGAAUCUAUAAGGUCUUCGAGAACCAUCAGACGCUGGCGGAGCUCAGCAUUCAAGGGCACGAUUACAUCUUUGCUUUUGAGUUGGAAGACGUGCCGACGAACAUCUCAGAUCGUGCGCCGAGGAAAGCCUUCUCACACGGUAGCGACAAGAUACCGGACAUGGAUGACCCGAAAGCGGAGCGCAUGGCGGUGCCGGUCUUCUCUCGGCAGCGCAGUCGUUUCGGCAAUACGUGGGAGAUUACACUGCACCCGCUGUAUAUCCUGCUCACAAGAGAAGAGGCGAAGGACUUCGAGGUUAUACUGAAAAAGUUGCUGAUUGCUGUGUCGAAGCAGACCAGCAGGCCUAUUCUUACAGAGUUCGACGACAGUGACCAAGUUGGUGAGCCUACGGUCAAUGGCGAGUCCGAGAAGGAGGAGUCGGCCGGCGAGGACGUUGCGCAGGUCAGCGACCGCUCUGUGCCAUCUGAAGACGGCUAUGUUGAAGUAUCGCUUGACAACGCAAGGGAAGACGGACAGUCCGAGCAGGUUACCAGUGCACCUGAGCCUCCACCCAAGGCUACUCCUAUUCCGGCGCAUUUUAUGAGCCGCGAUUACAGCAUUGCGGAAGAGCUGCGGAAUCACCUCUUCGCUGUCAAUUAUGCUAAGAGCGAUGGCGGAAUGUCGUGCGCGAGCAUGCAAAGCUUUGUCGAGAAGACCGUGUCCAAUAUGUAUAGCCGCGUGAAGCAGCCUCCACGACGGCCCAGCGUGCAGUCAACGUCCGAGGAGUCGACCACGAGCGUGGCUGCCGGGCAUGCGGAAUGCGAGGUUGAGGAAAGCGAUGCCGACGACGAUAACGACAAGCCAGAUAUCGUUAUUGGUCAAGAAGAUGCCUUGCACAUGCCCACGCCGACAAGCGCUAAUCCCGACAGUGGUAGCGACUUUCUGCCGGACGACCCAAUCGAGGGUCGAGGUGGGCGGCGCCGUGUUCAGGGCAAGCAGGAUAAAUUCCGGCGCAAGCGGAAGCCUAGGCAGAAGACGUAUGGCCGCGCAGACCGUCGAAACACCCAGAACAGGCCGGACAGUAGCGGCUCGCUGACGUCAACGCAGUCCAAGGGCACGUUGAACGGGCAUGCAGACAAUGACGAUGAGCAGUACUACAUCAAGCUGGGCGAAGCCAUUGUGCUGGACUGGUACCCAGAUGGGCUCAACGACCUGUUCGGUGGUGAUCCGGAGGCGGAGAACCAGAAGCGUGGGUACUGGCUGUCUUCACGAGAUGGCAGGGAUCUCGACUUUGUACCUGACCCUGUUCUGCAAGCAAAGAAGCAGCAGCGCGCUGAGCGCAGAAAACAUGGCGUCACUCUCGAGGACUGCUUCGUCGAGACUGGGAAACGUGAGAUCUUGUCUGAGGACAACGCUUGGUACUGCAACCGUUGCAAGGAGAUGCGGCAGGCGGCCAAGACGCUUGAGAUCUGGACGAUUCCGGAUAUACUGAUUGUGCAUCUGAAGCGCUUUGGUGGCAACCGAAGCUUCCGUGACAAGAUCGAUGUCAUGGUCGACUACCCUAUUGAUGGUCUAGACAUGACGGAGAAGAUCGGUUUGAAAGAGGACGGCAAGGAGUAUAUCUAUGAUUUGUUUGCGGUCGACAACCACUACGGCGGCCUCGGUGGUGGCCACUACACUGCCCUGGCUAAGAACUUUUACGAUGGGCAGUGGUACGACUAUAACGACUCGAUAUGCUCCAAAGCAGGCGAUGCCAAGCUGCGCUCUGCCGCAGCCUACCUGCUCUUUUACCGCCGCCGCUCCGACAAGCCUCUCGGGCCCCAGUACCUACAGAAUCUGAUUAUGGACGCUCGUAAUCCACAACCGACCGAUGUGACCGCCGAAGACGACGACGAGGACGAGUCGGGGGAAGCCAAGCUCGGCGGCCCAACCUCCUCACUGCAUGGGUCGUCGAGCGCUUUACACGCAGCAGGAGCCGGCACGAACGGGAUCCAUCUCAGCCACGGCGGUGGUGGGGCUGGAGCCAGAGCCGACAGCAGUCUGACAACGAAGACGAGCCUGGCGAAUAGUAGCGACGGCUCUAACGUGCCUAGACAGUUUGGCAGCCAAGGCGGUGACUGGGGCUUCCAGGGUCUUGACGAGGUGCCGGAUACCGGGCUUGAUGCGGAGCCCAGUACUGCGCUGCUGAAUCAAACCGGGCACGCUUAUGACGAUGAGGACAACCUGAGCACAACUGCGGAACACGACUCUGCCAUGGGAGGCGAUGACAGCGGUUUCAGAUCUUCGAUGGAAGAAGAUCCAGUCUACGGCCCGGACAUGAACCCGUUGCUAGGGCGCGACGAUGACUAUGACAUGCGAAGCCCGCCGCCACUGGAAAGUAUCGAGCAAGAACACGACUUCUACGACGAUCACGGCAUGUAUUCGAACGCGAAUGAGCGGCCCAGUGAGCCAUCGAAUUUCGAUGAGCUUCAUGCGAAUGCCUAUGAUGCCGAAGUCUCUCAUGUGGAGAACGCCGACGCGGAGAGCCCGCCAGCGCAUGACAUUCGUCUCGAAGCGGAGGAUGGGCACAAAAAGAUGGAGUAG